UUAUUAGGCCUGCACCCCUCAAAACAUUUUCUCAUUUUAAAACACUUUUACCUUUCCAAACCCUAACAGUCAUGGCGUUCUUUCCUGCAACUCUCCCGAAGAGUAACCCUAAUCCUACCUUUCUCUUACCGCUCCUACCCCAAAUCCUAUCCCUAAAAAACCCCAACCUCUUUCUAUCCACCAAAAGAACUAGAAUCCCUUCUUUACUGGUCCAUAGCAAAAGCAGCAAUGGCGAUGCAGAUAUCGCGGCCGAGCUAAGGGCACAAGCUAUGAAGGCGAAAGCCAACGGUUUACAGAGAGAAAACGCCAUGAAAAAGAGCAGGGAGCUCCUUCUGAUGGCCCUCUGUGACCACACGGGUAUGGCGAACUCUUCAGAGAUGGCGAGGCGAUGGCGCGCGUUACGGGAAACAGAGAAAUGGGAUUGUCUCAGAGGGUUUGUUGACGAGUGGGGCGAGGCCUUCUCUCCUCUCUCUCUGAGAUCAAUGAGAGCCAUGAUCGAGGAGCAUCUCGAACAAGAAGCUUCUUCUAUGCCUUCUUCCUCUUCUUCUCCACCUUUAAUGGUUGCGGCCUUCACUGUGUUGCAAAAGAAGGUUACGGAGUUUCUGGUAUCCAGAAACGAGCAUUAAGAGGAGAAAUCGAAUCGAGCAUUAAGACGAGAAAUUGGGGGUAAUGUGAAUUUCAAUCAAUGCAAUUUUUGUCUUUGAUUGGGAAAAAGCUUUGAUGAUGAUGAAUGCGAAUUUCUAUUAUCCAUCUUUCUAUUGCACAUGGGAAUGUAAAUUGUUGUGAAUUGUUUGGUUUUUCUGCUAAUAAUAGAUUCCAUUGACCAGAUUUUAGUGAA